GGGGAGAGAGAGGGAGAGACACACACACAGAGAGAGAGAGAGGGGAGAGACCACCUCAACAUGGUGCGAGCUGCUGCAACAACCCCUCUCCUCACACCGCGCCCGACGCCAACCUAACGCCGCUCCAGGUCAGUUGGUGAUUAGUCGAGUAUCACCAUGGUGAGGUCCAGUGUACUGCUGAUUCCUGUGCUGCUCUUGCAGUUAUUAAACAGCUGUGAAGGAAAUCGAAAGAAGGAGCAGGCUUCAUCUGUACGGUUCACACAGCACCAUUAUACUGCUUAUAUAUAUGAGAAUUCUGCAGCCAAGACUUAUUUAGAAAGUCACCAAAAAAUGGGCAUUUACAUUAUUAACCCCUCAUGGGAGUUUCGCUAUAAAAUUGUUUCUGGAGAUACUGAAAACUUGUUUAAAGCUGAGGAGUACAUUCUCGGGGAUUUCUCAUUCUUACGUAUCAGGACCAAGGGAGGGAAUACAGCGAUCUUAAACAGAGAGGUGAAAGACCACUAUCUACUGACGGUUAAGGCAGUUGAGAAAAAAUCUAACACCGAAACACGGACGAAGGUUAAAGUGUACAUUCUAGAUACAAAUGACUUGAGACCCUUAUUUUCACCGACCUCGUACAGUGUGUCUCUGCCAGAAAAUACACCUUUGAGGACCAGUGUAGCCAGAGUCAGAGCCACUGAUGCUGACAUAGGCACAAAUGGUGAGUUCUAUUACAGCUUUAAAGACAGGACCGAUGUGUUUGCCAUUCACCCCACCAGUGGCAUUAUUAUGCUCACAGGGAGACUGGACUACACUGAGACCAGGUAUUAUGAUAUGGAAAUCCUUGCAGCUGAUCGUGGUAAGAAACUGUAUGGCAGCAGUGGAAUCAGUAGCAUGGCAAAGCUUUCUGUUCACGUGGAGCAAGGUAAUGAAAAUACACCAGUCAUCACGGCUGUUACUGUUACCCCUUCAGACACGGACAAGGAUCCAACAUAUGCCAUCGUAACAGUGGAAGAUAACGACAAGGGAGCCAAUGGAGAAAUAGCCUCUCUAAAUAUCGUGGCGGGUGAUCCCCUGCAUCAGUUCAAAGCAGUGAGGUCAAGCCCUGGCAGUAAAGAGUACCGAAUUAAAGCCGGUGACCAGGUUGACUGGGAGAGCCAGUCUUCUGGAUAUAAUCUUACACUUCAAGCAAAGGACAAGGGGAGCCCUCCUCAGUUUUCGUCUGUGAAAGUUAUUCAUGUUACUUCUCCACGGUCAAAAUCCUCACCAUCUAAAUUUGAGAAACCUGUAUACAAAGCCAGAUUGAGUGAGUUUGCACCCCCUAAUUCUCCAGUUGUGAAGAUUACAGCUGUUCCAAUGUAUCCGCAUGUCAAGUAUACUUUCAGUCAUCAGCCUGAUAAGUUUCGUAUCAACCGUAACACUGGCCUCAUCACUACCACUGGUUUCGUAAAGGCAGAGGAAGCAUCCAGCUAUAACUUUGAAGUGGUAACUACUGAUGGACAAGCAGCGACAAAAGUGAUUGUUGAUGUGAUAGAUAUGAAUGAUAAUGCUCCUGAAUUCACACAGUCCUCAUACCAGGGCAGCAUCAAUGAGAAUGUGCCAGUUGGUACCACUGUUCUGAGUGUGAGCGCCACGGAUAUGGAUAACGGUGAGAAUGGAUAUGUGUCGUACAGCAUUGCCAACUUGGUUCCACCACCUUUUGUCAUUGACUAUUUCACUGGGGUCAUCAGUACCUCGGAGGAGCUGGAUUACGAACUAAUGCCACGGGUUUAUAAUUUGCGGGUUCGAGCAUCAGAUUGGGGCUCACCUUAUCGGCGCGAAGUUGAAGCUUUUGUGACUAUUGUCCUAAACAACCUAAAUGACAACAAGCCAUUGUUUGAGAAGGUGAACUGUGUAGGAACUCUUCCAAGGGAUCUAGGUGUUGGUGAGCAGAUUACUACAGUAUCUGCUAUUGAUGCAGAUGAGCUACAGUUAGUAAGAUACCAGAUAUUAUCAGGGAAUGAUUUGGAUCUGUUUGAAUUAAACCCCAACUCUGGUGUUCUUGUGCUGAGCCAGCCUUUCACUGAUGGACCUGGUGGAAAACAAUCUUUUCACAGUCUACAAAUUAUAGCUACAGAUGGGGAGAACUUUGCGACUGUCACAUACAUUAACAUCACUGUAGCAAACAGCCAUAAACAAGUUAAUCUGCACUGUACAGAGACUGGAGUGGCCAAGCAAUUGGCAGAAAAGCUUCUCCAGUCAAAUAAAAUCCACACUCGAGUUGACACCGAAGACCUGUAUUCUGACACUCACUCGGUUAAUCGCCAUGGCCCAGUGUUUGUUAGCUCUUUUCCUAGUGCUAUAGAGGUUCGGGAAGACAAGCCAGUAGGAAUGAAUUUACUGUUCAUAAAUGCAACAGAUCUUGAUAGUGGCUUCAAUGGAAAAUUAGUAUAUGUCAUUUCAGGAGGAGAUAGUGACAGCAAAUUUAUUGUUGAUCUGGAAACAGGGUGGCUAAAGGUAUUUGCUCAACUUGAUCGGGAAGCAACUGAUCAUUACACCCUUAAUAUAACUGUAUAUGAUCUUGGGAUACCUCAGAGAUCUACUUGGCGUCUCUUAGAUGUUGUCAUAUUGGAUGCAAAUGAUAACCACCCGGAAUUUUUCCAAGAUAGAUAUUCAGUAGAAGUGAGUGAAAACAAAGAGGUGGAGAGUGAAAUUAUUCAGCUUGAGGCCACAGACCGAGAUCUGGGUGCCAAUGGAGAGGUCAGAUACUCAAUUCUUACAGACACAGAUAUGUUUGCGAUUGAUAGUGUGACAGGUACAGUGAAGGUUGUAGGCUUGCUGGAUCGAGAACAAAUCCCUGUUUAUCUACUGAAAAUUGAAGCCAGGGAUCAAGCUGAACAGGAGCCCCAACUGUUUUCCACAGUGCUGUUGAAAGUGACUUUGGAGGACGUUAAUGAUAAUCCACCUCAGUUUUUUCCACCAAAUUAUCAUGUUAAGGUGCGGGAAGAUCUUCCAAUAGGAACAGUUGUAAUGUGGCUGGAGGCAUAUGAUCCUGACCUUGGUCAAAGCGGUCAAGUACGCUACACUAUGAUAGAUAAUGGAGAGGGGAACUUUGAUGUGGACAAAUUAAGUGGAAUUCUUCGUAUUGUGAACAAUUUGGACUUUGAGAAGAAGCAAUUUUAUAACUUGACGGCCCGUGCAAAGGACAAAGGACGUCCGGUUUCUCUGUCCUCGACGUGUUACAUUCAAGUGGAAGUGGUGGAUGUAAAUGAGAACUUAUUUGCUCCUGUUUUUCCCUACUUUGUGGCUAAUGGAUCUGUCAGAGAAGAUGCUUCUCUUGGUACACUAGUAAUGACCAUAACAGAUGAUGAUGACAAAGGAAGAGAUGGAGAAGUUAGGUACUCCAUAAGAGAUGGAUCUGGCCUUGGAGUUUUCAAAAUUGACGAAGAAAAAGGUACAAUAAAAACUACAGAGCUUCUGGACCGUGAAACGACUUCACAUUACUGGCUGACAGUCUAUGCCACAGACCUUGGAGUCGUGCCUCUCUUCUCCUUCAUUGAAGUCUACAUUAAGAUUGAGGAUGUAAAUGAUAAUGCUCCACAGACAUCAGAGCCAGUCUAUUAUCCAGAAGUCAUGGAAAAUGCUCCCAAAGACACAUCAGUUGUACAGAUUGAGGCAUUUGACCCAGAUUCGAGUUCCAGUGACAGGCUGAUCUUCAAGAUUACUAGUGGCAACCCACAAGGUUUCUUCACGAUGAACCAGAAAACAGGGUUAAUUACAACAACUUCACGAAAACUAGACCGAGAGCAGCAAGCAGAACACAUCCUUGAGAUAACAAUCACAGACAACGGCAAGAGCCCGAAAUCCACCAUUGCGAGAGUGAUAGUGAAGGUUCUGGAUGAAAAUGACAACAAACCCCAGUUCUUGCAGAAGUUCUACAAAAUCAAACUUCCAGAGCGAGAAAAACCAGAACGAGAAAAAUCCAUCAAAAGGGAACCCAUCUUCAGGGUGAUUGCUGCUGAUAAAGAUGAGGGUGCAAAUGCAGAGAUAUCAUACAGCAUUGAAGAGGGAGAUGAGCAGGGCAAGUUCUUCAUUGAGCCUAAAACUGGAGUCGUUUCAUCCAAGAAGUUUUGUGCAGCAGGAGAAUACGAUAUUCUUUCAAUAAAAGCUGUGGAUAAUGGACGCCCUCAGAAAUUGUCUACCACCCGACUGCACAUUGAAUGGAUCACCAGACCCAAGCCAUCAUCGGUGCCCUUGGUUUUUGAAGAAUCUUUGUUUUCCUUUAGUGUCAUGGAGAGUGACCCAGUUACUCAUAUGGUUGGCGUAAUUGCUGUUGAACCUACUGACACUGCACUUUGGUUUGAUAUCACUGGUGGCAACUAUGACAGCCGAUUUGAUGUGGACAAGGGUAGUGGAACCAUCAUUGUCGCGAGACCACUUGAUGCAGAACAGAAAUCGUAUUACAACAUGACAGUGGAGGCAACAGAUGGAACAAAGACUAUCAGCACUCAGGUUCACAUUAAAGUCAUUGAUACAAAUGACCACCGACCAGCAUUUUUAAAACCAAAAUACGAAGUGAAUGUUCCAGAGGAUGCAAUGCCGAACACCAAAAUCUUGCAAGUUAGUGCCACUGACAAGGAUGCAAAGAACAAAAUGAUCUACACUCUGCAAAGUAGCACAGAUCCUAGUAGCCUAAAAAAGUUUAGAUUGGACCCUGGCACUGGGGCUCUCUACACUGUAGAAAGAUUGGACCAUGAGACCAUGCAUCAGCAUGUCCUUACAGUGAUGGUCCGAGAUCAAGAUGUCCCUGUCAAACGUAACUACUUGAGAGUUGUGGUUCAUGUGGAAGAUACCAAUGACCAUGCACCCUGGUUUACCAGCUCAUCUUACAAUGGUCGUGUGUAUGAAUCUGCUGCAAUCGGUUCAGCAGUGCUUCAGGUUACAGCACUGGACAAAGAUAAAGGAGAAAAUGCCGAAAUAAUUUAUACUAUUGAAUCGGGAAAUAUUGGCAAUGGUUUUGCCAUUGAUCCAGUUUUGGGAACCAUCACAGUUACAAAAGUUCUGGAUCGUAGUAUUCGGAGGCAGUAUGAACUGAUCGUCAAAGCAACUGAUGGAGGGAAGAUUCCAAUGAGUGCUAUUACUAUAGUCCGCAUUUAUGUGACUAUUUCAGAUAAUGCAGCACCCAAGUUUCUGUUGAAAGAAUACUCUACAGAUAUCAGUGAAGGGGCUAGAAUUGGAAGCUUUGUUAUUUUAGUAACAGCAUCCAGCCAAUCAUCUAUUGUUUAUGAAAUAAAAGAUGGAAACACAGAUGGUGCUUUUGACAUCAACCCUAACUCAGGUGUUAUAGUCACUCAAAAAGCACUUGACAUUGAACAAUUGGCUUCAUACACACUUACAAUUCAAGCUACAAACAUGGCUGGCUUAUCUGCCAAUAUGAUUGUUUUGAUACACCUUCGAGAUGAGAAUGACAAUAUGCCAGUUUUCACUCAGUCUGAGUACACAGGAAUCAUCAGUGAAUCAGCCCAUAUCAACAGCAUGGUUUUGAAUGACAGAAACACUCCACUGGUAAUUCAAGCCAUAGAUGCCGAUGAAGGAUCCAAUGCUCUUCUAGUUUAUCAAAUUGUUGAACCAUCUGCCCAGAAAUAUUUUGCCAUUGACUCCAGCACAGGUGCUAUUCGUGCUGUGACACAACUGGACUAUGAACAGAGCAGUAUUUUUCAUUUCACUGUGCAAGCAUAUGACCGUGGAAGCCCACAGUUAUUUGCGGAACAUGCUGCAAAUGUUACCAUCCACGUGAUUGACGCAAAUGAUUGCCCUCCAGUGUUUGUUCAAGAUUUAUAUGAAGUAUCUCUGCUUAUACCAACAUAUAAAGGAGUUAAAGUGGUUGUCUUAAAUGCCACAGAUGCAGAUUCCAGUUCAAACUCUGAACUUAUUUACUCUAUUAUUGAUGGUAACAUAGGGGAGAAGUUCAUGCUGGAUGCUCAGACAGCACUUGUCUCAGUAAAAAACACUACCCAACUGAGAAGCAGGUAUGAGCUUUUAGUUAGAGUUAGUGAUGGCCAAUUUACAAGCAAAGCUUCAGUAAGAAUAAAUAUUAAAGAAAGCAAAGAAAGCCAUCUGAAGUUCACACAGAGCUCAUACUCUGCUGUGGUAAAAGAGAGCUCCACAGAUAUAAAAACAAUAGCCAUCAUUACUGCAGUAGGAAAUGAAAUGAAUGAGCCCUUAUUUUACAACAUUCUUAAUCCUGAUACGAAGUUUAAAAUUAGUCGAACUUCGGGUGUUCUUGCCACGACGGGCAUUCCAUUUGAUCGUGAAGAGCAGGAAGCAUAUGAUGUGGUAGUUGAAGUCAGUGAAGAAAAAAAUCCGUCAAGAGUUGCUCACGUUGUGGUGAAGGUUACAGUCGAGGAUGACAAUGACAACGCUCCAAUUUUUGUCAACCUGCCUUAUUACGCUGUAGUCCAGGUUGAUGCUGAAAAAGGCCAUGUUAUUCGAAAAGUCACUGCCAUAGACAAGGAUAUUGGUAAUAAUGGCGAAGUCCACUACUACCUCAAAGAGCACCACGAACAUUUUCAGAUCGGACCAUCAGGAGAUAUAUCCCUAAAGAAGAAUUUAGAUGCAGAUCUGUCAAAUGUGGAGCACAUGAUUACCGUUGUCGCUAAAGAUGGAGGGAAGGUGCCACUUUCAGCAGAAGUUGAAGUACCAAUUACUGUUAUAAACAAAGCCAUGCCUAUUUUUGAAAAGCCAUUUUAUAGUAUUGAGAUACCUGAAAACAUUCAGUUGCACACCCCUGUUGUGCAUGUACAAGCCAAUAGCCCAGAAGGUCUUCGUGUAAUUUAUAGCAUCAUGGAUGGAGAUCCUUUCAGUCAGUUCACAAUCAACUUCAACACUGGUGUCAUAAAUGUUAUUAGCUCGCUAGAUUUUGAAAUGCAUCCUGCUUACAAAUUGACUGUAAGAGCAACAGAUUCUUUGACUGGGUCUCAUUCCGAGGUAUUUGUUGAUAUUGUGGUAGAAGACGUGAAUGAUAAUGCUCCAGUAUUUGUAGAAAAAACCUACACUUCAACUCUGUCAGAGGCAUCUGUGGUUGGCACAUCUGUUGUUCAAGUCACGGCUACUGAUAUAGAUUCUGGAAUGAAUAGAGUCAUUUACUACCAGUUGGUAGAGGAUGAUACCAAAAAUUCAGAUUACUUUCAUAUUGACGGCAGCAGCGGCCUGAUUUUGACAGCAAGAGUACUUGACUAUGAACAAAUUGAACGGUACAACCUCCUUGUUAGAGCACUGGAUAGUGGAAAACCUGCUCUUAGCAGUGACAUUGUUGUAAUUGUGCACAUCACCGAUUUGAAUGACAACCCACCACUAUUCAGCCAGCUCCUGUACAUGGCCUCAGUUAGUGAGCUUGCAGCUCGCGGACACUUUGUAACACAUGUCCAGGCUUCUGAUGCAGACGCUUCUGAUGCGGAAAAGCUUCGAUAUUCAAUUGUGUCGGGCAAUGAUCAUAUGAAUUUUGCAAUUGAUAGUAAGUCAGGCAUUGUUACCUGGACAAACUUGCAUAGGCAGAGUCUGGAACCAUCUUACAGCCUCAAUGUAUCUGUGUCAGACAGUGUAUUUAGGAGUUCAGCUGAGGUUCGGAUAACAAUUAUUAGUGCUAACUUUCAUAAACCUGUUUUUCCUCAAAGUGAGUAUGAAGUAGAGUUAGCAGAAAAUUCUAAUUUGAGAACACUGGUGAUCAAAGUAAAGGCAACAGAUGAAGACUCUGGGACGUAUGGGAACAUUGCAUAUUCCAUUGUUAAUGACUUUGCCAAAGCCAAAUUUUUUGUUGAUCAAAAAGGACAGAUUUUUACUACAGAGAAAUUGGAUCGUGAAAACCCAGUUGAGAAGCUUAUCACUAUCACUGUUAUGGCAAAAGAUGGUGGUGGCAAGGUGGCUUUCUGCAAUAUCAAUGUGAUCCUCACUGAUGAAAACGAUAACAUACCUCAGUUCCGAGCUGUAGAGUAUAAGGUAAACAUCGGAUCAUAUGCUUCAAAGGGAUCUUCAGUCAUUCAGAUUGUGGCGUCUGAUGCUGAUGAAGGUAGCAAUGCAGACAUUGUCUAUUUUAUUGAGGCAGAUUCUGACAAUGUUGAAGAAAAUCUGGAAAUUGAUUCAUUUUCUGGGGUCAUUAACACCAAAGAAAGUCUCGUUGGUCUGGAAAACAAUUUUUACAGUUUCUUUGUCCGAGCUAAAGAUGGCGGAGUCCCACAGCAGGAGUCUGUUGUCCCCGUCUACGUUAGAAUACUCCCACCUGAAGUCCCAGUUCCAAAAUUCUCAGAGUCCCUUUUUACAUACACAAUCUCUGAAGAUAUUCGUAUUGGAACUGAGAUUGAUCUGAUUAGACAAGAAAGUGAACAACAAGUGACCUACAGUCUUGUGAAAGGAAACACUCUGGAAAGUAACAAGGAUGAAAUCUUUACCAUAGAGAAGGACACUGGGAAAUUAAAAACUGAGAAGAACCUUGAUCAUGAAACAACUAAAUGGUACCAAAUCAUGGUCAUGGCUCAGUAUCCUGUUGAAGAUUAUGAGGUGGUUACUUCAGUGGAUGUAAGUAUCCAAGUGAAAGAUGUAAAUGACAACAAACCCAUCUUUGACUCUGAACCAUAUAAAGCCUUUAUUGUAGAAAAUCUACCUGAAGGAACAACAGUGAUCCAGGUGAAAGCGACAGAUCUGGAUUCUGGAACCAAUGGUCUGGUGACUUACAGCUUGGCUCAAUCUCAGGAGCUUGAUCAUAUCCUGGAGCUCUUCACCAUUAACAGUGAAACAGGUUGGAUAACAAGUCUAAAAGAGUUGGACCACGAGAAAAUAAACAAGUACAAUGUUGUGGUUGUGGCAUCUGAUCGUGGGGAAAAAGUCCAAUUAUCCUCUUCUGUUGUGGUGGAAGUUACUGUUACUGAUGUGAAUGACAACCCUCCACGCUUUACUGCUGAAAUCUAUAAGGGGACUGUGAGUGAAGAUGACCCACCUGGUGGCGUGAUUGCUAUCCUCAGUACUGUUGAUGCUGAUACUGAAGAAGUCAAUAGACAAGUUACCUGCUAUAUCACAGGAGGAGAUCUUCUAGGACAAUUUGCUGUUGAGCACAUCCAAAACGAAUGGAAGGUCUAUGUCAAGAAACCUUUGGAUAGAGAGGUGAAGGACCACUAUCUCCUAAACAUUACAGCUACAGAUGGUACAUUAAUGGCGAAGGCAGUGGUGGAAGUCAAAGUUCUUGAUGCAAAUGAUAACAGUCCCAUUUGCGAAACGACAUUAUACACCGAGACUAUUGCAGAGGAUGUUCCUUCUGGCAAAUCAAUCCUACUGGUCUCUGCCGUAGAUGCAGAUAUUCGUUCAAACGCAAAAGUCACUUAUACACUUCAUGGACCUGGAGCAGAGAAAUUCCUACUGGAACCAGAAACUGGUGAGUUGAAAACUUCAGCUCCACUAGAUCGUGAGCAGAAAGACGUUUAUAAUCUUCUAGUGAGAGCCAGAGAUGGAGGUGGCCGUUUUUGCCAGGCUGAUAUUGUUCUGAUAUUAGAGGAUGUCAACGACAAUGCACCCGAAUUUUCAUCUGAUCCAUACACCAUAUCAGUCUUUGAGAACACUGCUGUUAAAACAAUGUUGACAAGAGUUCAAGCCACCGAUCAAGAUGCAGGGUUGAAUCGUAAGGUGCUUUAUUCACUCGUGGAUUCCGCAGAGGAUCACUUUUCCAUCGAUGAAUUAUCAGGCAUUAUGAGUUUGGAGAAACCUUUAGACCGAGAACUCCAAGGUUCAUACAUCCUAAAAGUGAAGGCCACUGAUCAGGGCUCUCUUAGAAAACUUUCAUCUGUUUCCACAGUUUUGGUUUCUGUGUUAGAUAUCAAUGAUAACCCACCUGUAUUUGAGCACAGAGAAUACCUAGCCACACUUUCUGAGGAUAUUUCUGUGGGAACUGAAGUCCUUCAAGUAUUUGCAGCCAGCCGGGACAUUGAAGCCAAUGCAGAGAUUACUUACUCCAUCAUAAAUGGCAACGAGCAUGGCAAGUUCAGCAUAGAUGCAAACAAAGGUACUAUUUUUGUGAUUGACAACCUGGACUAUGAGGCAGCUCAUGAAUAUUAUUUGACAGUUGAAGUCACGGAUGGCGGCACGCCUUCACUUAAUGAUGUAGCGACAGUGAAUAUCAAUGUGACAGAUAUCAAUGACAACACUCCUCAAUUUAGCCAGGAAGUGUACAUGGCAGUGAUAAGUGAAGACGCCUCUCUGGGACAGCUCAUUGUUGCAGUCGUAGCCGAUGAUUCAGAUGGUCCAUCAAACAACCAAAUCCGCUACUCGAUCAUUAAUGGCAAUCAAGGGAACCCAUUUACCAUUGAUUCUACGAGAGGAGAAAUAAAGGUAGCAAAACAUUUGGACAGAGAAAAAAUUUCUGGGUACACUCUGAUGGUACAAGCUGCAGACAAUGGCAAUCCACCUUGGAUCAAUACAACUAUUGUCAACAUCGAUGUGACUGAUGUAAAUGAUAAUCCUCCUGUGUUCUCACAGGGAAAUUAUAGUAUUAUCAUCCAGGAAAAUAAGCCUGUUGGAUCCAGUGUGAUGCAGCUCGAAGUGAUAGAUCAAGAUUCUUCACAUAAUGGUCCUCCCUUCACCUUUGCAAUCACUGAUGGGAAUGCAGAGAAUGAAUUUCAAAUAAAUCCUCAGGGGUUGUUGACAUCAUCAGUCCAACUCAACCACAAGUUGAAGGAUAUGUAUCUGCUGCAAGUACAGGUGACCGAUAGUGGACGACCUCCGUUAUCCUCUUCAACAUUCAUUACUGUUAAAAUUAUUGAAGAAAGUAUUUAUCCUCCAGCCAUUCUUCCUCUGGAAAUCCACAUAGCAACUGUUGGAGAUGAGUAUUCAGGUGGUGUUAUUGGAAAGAUUCAUGCAACAGAUCAGGAUAUAUAUGACACUCUCACCUACAGUCUAGCUACAAACAUGGGAAACUCAUUUGCAGUCUCCAGCACCGAUGGCAAAGUGAUUGCUCAUAAGGAUUUGGAUGUUGGACAAUAUCGUCUGAAUGUCACUGUUACCGAUGGCCGCUUUACAGCAGCUGCUGAUGUGUUUGUACAUAUUAAGAAAGCAAGUCAAAAUCUGGUCAACAAUGCUAUUGCCAUUCGCUUUGCAAAAAUUGCACCAGAAGAGUUCAUAGGAGACUAUUGGCGGAACUUCCAAAGAGCCUUGCGAAACAUUCUUGCCAUUAGAAAACAUGAUAUCCAUAUUAUAAGUCUACAGCCUUCUGAAAUCCCUUCAAAUUUGGAUGUACUUCUUGCUAUUGAAAAAACAAGCAACGAGUUACAUCUCCCCGAUGUCCUCUUCCGGAAGUUGAAUACUUCAGUGGGAGACAUUGAGGAAAUGAUGGGUGUCCGAAUUCUGAAAAUCAUUAACAAGCUUUGUGCUGGCCUGGACUGUCCUCUUAAAUAUUGUGAAGAGAAGAUUACUGUAGACAGAAACAGUAUAUCAACUCACAGCACUGCUAGACUGAGCUUUGUCACCCCGCGGCAUCACAGAACAGCAGUCUGUCUUUGUAAAGAUGGCAAAUGCCCUAACAUGCAUAAACUGUGUGAAGGUAAUUCUUGCCCUGCUGACACUGAAUGUGUACCAGAUACAAAGGAAGAAAGGUACACCUGUUUGUGUAAAAAUGGCAAACACAGCCAGUGCUCUGGUGGGCCUUCUCUGUCAUUCAACGGUAACAGUUACGUGAAGUACCGACUUGUGGAAAAUGAAAACAAAGAGGAAAUGAAACUCUCACUACGCUUACGAACUUAUCAUCCACAUGCAGUUAUCAUGUAUGCUAAGGGGACAGACUACAGCAUUCUAGAGAUUAACAAUGGGAAGCUGCAGUACAAGUUUGACUGUGGCAGUGGCCCAGGGACUGUAUCCGUACAAAGCAGUCAAAUCAAUGAUGGCCAGUGGCAUUCUAUUUCACUUGAGGUGGAUGGCAAUUAUGCAAGAUUAGUGCUAGACAGACUCCACACCGCAGCUGGCACUGCCCCAGGUACCCUGAGAACGCUGAACCUAGACAACUUUUUAUACUUUGGGGGCCAUGUUCGACAGCAGAACACAAAGCAUGGCAGGAGUCUACAAGUCAGCAAUGGCUUCAGAGGCUGUCUGGAUUCCGUUUUGCUGAAUGGACAGGCACUACCUUUGAACAAUAAGACAAAGAUUAACGCAGUUAUGGAGGAAUCUGUCGAAAUGUCUCCUGGAUGUUCCCUGGUGCUUGCAGAAGGCUGCUCCAGCAAUCCAUGCUUGAAUGCUGGUACGUGCUCUUCACUACGGAAUGGAGGUUAUUUCUGCAAGUGUACACACAUGUUUAUGGGCAUUCACUGUGAGGAUAGAGUCAGCCCUUGUGCGUCUAAUCCUUGUCUGUAUGGUGGGACUUGCAUUUCAGUGAAUGAUGAUUAUGAUUAUAUCUGUCAAUGCAGAGGACAGUAUACGGGACAAAGGUGCCAGAUAGGUCCAUACUGCAAAGAUAAUCCUUGUAAAAAUAACGGUAGAUGCAUAGAUAGUCUGGAUGGCCCCGUCUGUGAAUGUGAAAUGGGUUACCGUGGAGAAAGGUGUUUGGCUGAUAUUGAUGAGUGCCAUGAAAACCCUUGCCAAAAUGGAGCGAAAUGUGCAAACACCUACGGCUCCUUCAACUGUACCUGUAACCGUGGGUACGAUGGGAAACUGUGCACUGACACUUUAAUGAACAAAUAUGUUUCCACACCCUGGAAUAUUGGCUUAGAAGAAGUUAUUGGAAUUAUUGUCUUUGUGGCAACUAUAUUCAUCCUUGUUUUAGUUUUUGUUGUCUUCCGUAAGAAAAUUUGUAAACAGAAGCAUCGCAUGGAGGCUGCUGAGAAGCGAUUAGGAGCUACUACAUCUUUCUUGCAGAAGAACUAUUUUGACUCAAAAAUCACUAAAACCAUCUACUCAGACAUUCCACCGCAGGUGCCUGUUCGCCCCAUCUCUUACACUCCGAGUAUUCCCAGCGAUUCCAGAAACAAUCUUGACCGCAAUUCCUUUGAAGGAUCUGCCAUCCCAGAGCACCCAGAGUUCAGCACCUUCAACCCAGACUCUCUACAUGGGCACCGCAAAACAGUAGCUGUCUGCAGCGUUGCUCCAAAUCUACCUCCUCCCCCUCCGUCUAACUCUCCUUCAGAUUGUGAUUCUAUUCAAAAACCCAACUGGGACUAUGAGUACGACACUAAAGUGGUGGAUCUUGAUCCCUGUCUAUCAAAGAAGUCUCUCGAGGACAAUGCUUGCCAACCUUUUAACACCCAUGGAAGCAUCUCAGAAGUGCAGUCCCUGAGCUCUUUCCAGUCUGAAUCAUGUGAUGACAACGCUUCCAUAGUGACAGUAAUACACCUUGUCAAUGCAGUUGUUGACUCGGUGGAACAAGAAGAACCUUUUGCGGGUCAUGACCUCAGGAAUCCAAGAGCAUAUCACUGGGAUACAUCUGAUUGGAUGCCUAGCAUUCAGCUACCAGGUAUCCAGGAGUUCCCCCAAUAUGAGGUAGUAGAAAACCCAGCCCCACUUUAUUCAGAUCCUAACACCAUCGACACAGACUACUACCCUGGAGGAUAUGACAUUGAAAGUGAUUUUCCGCCUCCUCCGGAUGAUUUCUCAAUUCAUGAUGAGCUCCCACCUUUGCCACCAGAGUACAAUGACCAGUUUGAGUCCAUACAGCCUCCUCGGGAUAUGCCCACUGCUGGAAGCCAGAGUUCAGCAGCACAAAACAGGCAACGUUUCAACAUGAAUCAAUAUCUACCCCAUCACCACUAUUCAGCCGAUCUCUCGGAACCUCAGAUUGCAAUCCCUGUUGGAAGCAGUUACAGGGGGGACUACCCACCCUACACGUUAACAUACAAUGGUGACUUUGAACCACCUAGUGUGGACAACAUGUCUAUGUCUGUGUAUACAUCCACAACCGCCUCUUGCUCUGAUGUUUCAGCAUGCUGUGAAAUGGAAGAAUCCGAAGUCAUGAUGAGUGACUAUGAAAGUGGGGAUGAAGGCCACUUUGAAGACGUGACUAUUCCUCCACUGGAUUCUCAGCAGCACACAGAAGUCUGAUGGUGUAAGAAAAAAUUAAAGUGCCUGAGCUUUAACUGAACUGCUCCCUGCUACAAGCUUCUAUAAUUCACCUGUACUCACUGUUGGUUUGCCAAGCUUUGUUGAUGAGCUGAUUUCAGCAUGGCUGGAGUAGAUCAUACAGCAUGUUCCAACACAUCAGCAGUUUUGUUCACCUGGACUACUAGAACUGGCAAACAUAUAUUUACAUUGACUGUGCCAUUUCAGAACAUAGUUUUUGUAUCAAUAUCAAUGUGCAAAGUAUGGAAGGAUUUUAAUAUUUGGCAUUAUAGCAGCAAAACACCUUUUCAGUGUGGUAUCUUGGUCUGUAUUUAUAUAGUUCUAAUAAUACAGAGGUUAAUUUCUUAAAGAUUCUUUCCUCCCCAUCCAGUCCUGCAGUUUUUUCUUUCUGUAAAUGUAAUGUACAGUUCUGAUUUAAAUAGUUCAAACUAGGUUUUGUAGAUAUUUUGUGCAUUUGUUUCCCAAAUUUUAGUGCUGUUCAAGUGUGUUACUACUUGCUUCGACACUGAUGUACCCUGACAAUUAUGUACAAACUACUGAUCGGGGUUUUAUUCUUAAAUUUAUUCUUUCCACUGAAUUUAAACAUUUCACCAAACGUACCAAAAUGCAAACCUGGUAUGAAUGAAGUUUUCGUUUGCUAUGUUGUUUGGGUCUGAAUACAUGAACAUGUCUUAACAGUGACAUUUUUAAUUGUAAAUUGUGUGGAUUUAUUUUUCAUUAAAAGGGGACCCACUGAAUUUUUAGAACCAAAACUUUGCAUAACUUGACAAAGACUUUCUAAAGUUCUCUUUAUGUGAUGCAAUGGUCCUGAAAGUUUUUUUUAAUGAAACUGCCAUUCGCAUACACUUACUUUCGCAUUGAUAAUAAAUUGUGGAAAACUAA